UAAUCACCAGUUCAUUUCUGUACACAGUCAUCAAAUUCUUUGACCAAACAACAAAAAAAAUCUCUAAAAUGGCCGCUAAGUUCAUCAUCCUCGCCGCUUGCGUGGCCACCGCCCUUGCCCAAUACUCUGCCCCAGCUUACAAGCCAGCGUACUCWGCGCCCGCUUACUCAGCACCAAAGGCUUACGCCCCAGAACCCGCAUACGCACCCACACCAUACAACUUCGAAUACAGCGUAAACGACCCACACACCUACGAUCAAUAUGAUUAA